GCGUUUGACAAUGUGGAUGCAACGGGGUACUUCAGCAGUCACUGAUAAGAUGAACCGCGUGAUUCUGGGCGAACUGGACAAGGGAAUCGAGAAUGUGGAUGAUGCGGAUAAGCGGACCUGAGCUUCCUAGUCUCAGAAGAACAAACUAGACAUUAUUUCUUCGUAUGGCAUGGUUGAAUGAAGAGGAAGCAUUCCGUCAAUCACUUAGGAGUCAGUGUUUUAGAUGAACCGCGCAGCUCCCGCCAUGGACGAGCGUCUUUUGAAGCUUGUUUCAGCACUCCUUCUCUCGCUUGCUGCAGUGGGUUUUGGUGCCACUGACCCAAAUGACGUUAAGAUUCUCAACCAGUUCAGGAAGGGCUUGGACAACCCGGAGCUUCUGCCGUGGCCUGAAGAUGGUGGAGACCCGUGUGGGAGUCCUCCUUGGAAGUACAUCUUCUGCAAGGGAAACAGGGUUUCCCAGAUUCAGGCUAAAAACUUGAACUUGAGUGGUCCUCUGCCUCAGAAUUUCAACCAGCUCUCCAUGCUAGAGAACGUUGGCCUUCAGAACAACAAGCUCAACGGGCCACUGCCGUCUUUCCGUGGGUUAUCCAAUUUGAAAUAUGCAUACUUGGACUACAAUGACUUCGAUUCCAUUCCCGCUGAUUUCUUUGACGGGCUUGAGAGUCUGGAAGCUCUGGCAUUGGAUGAUAAUAAUUUUAAUGCCAGUACUGGAUGGCAAUUCCCCUCUCAGUUGCAAGAUUCAUCUCAGUUAACCAAUCUUUCCUGUAUGAGCUGCAACUUGGCCGGUCCAUUGCCGACUUUUCUGGGGAAUUUGUCCUCUCUGUCUAUCCUGAAACUUUCACGCAACAAUUUAACCGGUGAAAUUCCGUCGACUUUAAAUCACUCGAUUUUGCAGGUUCUGUGGUUGAACGAUCAGCAGGGUGGCGGUCUGACUGGUUCUAUUGAUGUGGUGGCAACCAUGACUUCGCUUACGAGUCUCUGGCUUCAUGGAAAUCACUUCACGGGGAAGAUUCCUAAGAAUAUUGGGGAUUUAACUUCUCUCAAGGAUCUCGAUCUCAAUGUUAACCAGCUUGUUGGUCUAAUCCCAGAUGCUUUGGGUAAAAUGGAACUGGACAGUCUUAACUUGAACAACAACCACCUAAUGGGACCGAUCCCAAAUUUCGCAGCAGGCAAAGUUAUAUACGAUUAUAAUUAUUUUUGUCAACCCAAACCAGGGGUUCCUUGUGCCUUUGAAGUCAUGGCACUCCUGGACUUUCUGGAUGGGUUGAAUUAUCCAUCAAAUCUAGUUGAAUCAUGGUCUGGUAAUGACCCAUGUAAAGGUCCAUGGUUGGGACUAAAAUGCGAUGCCUCUGGAAAGGUGUCUAUGAUUAAUUUGCCCAACUUUAAAGUGAAUGGUACUCUGAGCCCCUCACUUGCAAACUUAGGUUCUCUUGUUGAGAUCAGAUUGGAGGGAAACAAUCUGGGUGGUCAAAUACCCGGUAAUUGGACUAGCUUGAGUUCCCUGACGCUGUUGGAUCUCAGUGACAAUAACAUUUCCCCGCCAUUGCCUCAUUUUAACAAGAAGUUGAAACUUGUCACUAAUGGGAACUCUUUAUUGAAUGGGAACCCAGUGGCCCCUUCAUCUGGGAACAGCUCAUCUUCUGGAAAUUCUGUUCCUUCAAUUGAUACUCCAUCCCCAUCAACUCACACAAGUACCAACUCCAAUAAUACUCCUGGAUCACAAAAGUCCAGCAGGAAAAUUUUGGUUGCAAUUGUAGCUCCUGUUGCAGGUGUUGCGGCAGCAGCUUUUCUGCUCAUUCCCCUGAUAUAUUGUUACAAGAGGAGAAAAGAUGGCUCACCUGCUCCGAGUUCACUAGUAAUCCACCCUCGAGAUCCAUCUGACCCAGACAAUAUGGUAAAGAUUGCUGUAGCUAACAAUACUUAUGGAAGCAUGUCCACAUUAACAGGGAGUGGGUCAGAAAGUAGAAACAGCAGUGGUACUGGGGAGUCUCAUGUCAUUGAGGCUGGAAAUCUUGUGAUAUCAGUUCAAGUUCUUCGAAAUGUGACUAAGAAUUUUGCUCCAGAGAAUGAGCUUGGUCGUGGUGGAUUUGGUGUCGUAUAUAAGGGAGAAUUGGAUGAUGGGACUAAAAUAGCAGUGAAAAGAAUGGAAGCUGGUAUAAUUAGUAACAAAGCGCUGGAUGAAUUUCAGUCUGAAAUUGCAGUUCUAUCAAAAGUUAGACAUCGUCAUCUAGUGUCUCUCCUGGGUUACUCUAUUGAAGGUAAUGAAAGAAUUCUAGUUUAUGAGUACAUGUCCCAAGGGGCUCUCAGCAAACAUCUUUUUCAAUGGAAGAGCCUUAAGUUGGAGCCACUUUCUUGGAAAAGGAGGCUCAAUAUUGCAUUGGAUGUUGCUAGAGGAAUGGAGUAUCUCCAUAGUCUGGCUCAUCAGAGCUUCAUUCACAGAGAUCUUAAGCCCUCUAAUAUUUUGCUUGGGGAUGAUUUUAGAGCCAAAGUCUCAGAUUUUGGACUGGUUAAACUUGCUCCUGAUGGUGAAAAAUCUGUAGUGACUCAGCUUGCGGGGACCUUUGGCUACUUAGCCCCAGAAUAUGCAGUGACAGGAAAAAUCACAACCAAAGCAGAUGUCUUUAGUUUUGGAGUUGUGCUAAUGGAGUUAUUGACUGGACUGAUGGCACUUGAUGAGGAUAGGCCUGAGGAAAGCCAAUACUUGCCAGCAUGGUUUUGGCAUAUAAAAUCUGAUAAGGAGAAACUUAUGGCUGCUAUUGAUCCAUCCCUUGACAAAAUAGAAGAAACUUUUGAGAGUAUUGCUGUCAUUGCCGAGCUAGCUGGUCACUGCACUGCAAGAGAACCAAGUCAACGACCAGAUAUGGGCCAUGCUGUGAAUGUUCUAGCUCCACUCGUUGAAAAAUGGAAACCCUUUGAUGAUGACACUGAGGAGUAUUCCGGAAUUGAUUAUAGCCUUCCCCUUAAUCAGAUGGUGAAGGGUUGGCAAGAGGCAGAAGGAAAGGACUUGAGUUACAUGGACUUGGAAGACAGUAAGGGUAGUAUCCCCGCAAGGCCAACUGGAUUUGCAGAUUCUUUUACUUCUGCUGAUGGUCGCUAAAUCAAGCGGUUUGUUUCUUCUUCUUCUUCUUCUUCUUCUUCUUCUCUUGGUCUUUACUCUCUAGCACGUAGCUGUAGAUAGCAUGCUCUGAUUUGUGCCUAAAAAUGCACUGCGUCAACUGUUUAGUACCCACUGUUUUAUUGGUCGAUAUCAGCAUUAGAUUUCUUAUGCUUUAGAAAUCUCUCGUGUAUGCUAUGCGUGUUGAACUACGAGACUCUCAAGUGUUAAUGCUUGUAGAUAGCCAGCCAUAAUCAACGAGUGUUUGCCAUUUGUUCAUUCAUUAACGUUCAGUGUGCCUUUGUCAUAUGAAUUGGCUGGUGUAAGAUGGAAAUUCUCAUUUCUUUUUGAUUGGAAAUUCUCUUGCCA